AUGGAAGGAGAAAGUGAUGGUGAUGAUGAUGAUUCGGUGUUUGAGGGAGAAGACUUGACUUGGGCUGCGGAUGCUAAGGCUAGUGGCGCGGAGGAGCCUACGUAUCGAACUAGAGAAAAAGCUCAAAGUUCCAAGUCCAAAGAGGUUGAUAAGGGAAAGGGGAAAGUAAUAGACUUGGAAAGGAGAAAGUUAAUUUCCUCCUGCAAAGGCUCAAGUUUAAGACUAAUUGAUGAAGAGGAAGAAUUUGUAGAUGAUGACUUGGAGUUGCUUGAGGAAGAAAAUGAAGAGCAAGGAUUCAAUGAAAAUGAAAAAUUUAAUUUUGAGGAGGAAGAGGAAGACGAUGAGGAUGAAGAUGAAGAAGACGAAGAAUGA